AUGUACAAAUCAAUCAAUGAGAAAAUACAAUUAGAGUCUAGGAUUAAAUUAUUUAUUAAGAGAGAAUUGGAAACAAUUUUCAGAUCGUAUUCUAUAGGAAUGAUCCAAUGUCAUAUUGAAGGCUUAUUGUCAAGCCCAGAAUUUUGCUAUUUGAAAUUAAUUAACGAUUGGAGUCCACAUUUAGGAAUUUAUUCUCAUGGUCCUCAUAUUGAAUUAUUUGAACAUCAAAUUGAACCAUAUUUAAUCCAAUUUACACAUCAUUUUACGCAUGAAUUAUUAUUAUUUUGCAUGUCCAACGUCACUCAACCAGAUAGAUAUGACGAAUUAGUUGAAUAUGAAAAGAAGAGCCUUUUAAAUUUCAAAAAAGACUCAAUAAAUUCAUCCCAAGCCACUAAUAAUUAUUAUUAG